AUGGCUUCGAGGGCCAUGGCAUCGCUCCGUCGGCCAGCGACGCAGAUUGCCGUCGCCGCCACGCCGCGAGGCAGCUCGACAGCUGUCCGCAUGCCCUGGGACGGGAGUCGACGCAGCUACGCCCGCGUCUCGCGGGACAAGAUCAACCGGGCCAUGAGCCAGCAGCAAAAGCUGGCCGAACGCGACGCGACCAAGGAGCAGACCAUGUCGCAGAUGCAAAAGAUGGCAGCCAAGGAUGUGUUUAAAGACGGCGGCGGGCCCUUGUUUCCCGGCACCUUUGUCCCGAUUCCCUUUUCGCAGCGCUCCAACAACCCCCUCGAACUCGCGGCGUACCAGUGGUGGCGGCUCAAGAGCUACGCGCAGUGCGUGCUGUCGGUGCUGAGCAUCAAGCUGCGGUCGAUGCCAAACUGGACCUCGCGGCCCAAGUGGCGCGCGCACCGGGGCCGCAUCGCGCCGACGGCGCGCGCCUUGUACCGCGAGACGCUCGAGGCCUUUGCGGCGGGCGACAAGGCGACGGUGGCGCGGCUGUGCAUGCCGCGCUUCGCCGCGCAGCUGCACGCCGCCAUGGACCGGCGCGACCCGCGCGAGACGGUGCGGUUCGAGUGGGUGCGCGACACCCGGCGGCUCGUGUACCCGCGGCUCGUGUCGCAUCUGAUUCAUCCAAUCAACCCGCACGACAAGACGCUGCUGACGGAGCAGGCCGUCGUCGCGCUGUCGUCGCAGCAGCAGCUGUCGCGGCAUCGGCAGGACGGCGGCGGCGAGGGGGGGACGGUGGUGGUGCCGGGCAGCCUGCGCGUCCAGGACAAGAUUGAGUAUGUGGUGCUGGCGCGGUCGACGGACACAAAGGACUACCCGAGCACGCAGUGGCGCAUAUGGGGCACCACGGGCGGCACCACGGCCCAGGCGUACAGGCAGGAACAGGCCGUCAUUCGAAAGGAGACGGCGCAUCGGGCCGGCUGGAAGGACAAGAAGGAGAUGCAGCAGGCGGCGGACGGCCAGGGCCGAUGA